AUGUUUCGCAUACCAGCACUCACGCUCGCUCCUACCCGUCGCCACUCGCUACGACACCGGUACGACACCCUCAUGCAUCAGCAUGGGAUUCGGAAAGGUGUCUUGUUGACGGUAUGGUGGGGAACGUGGUUCAGUGGGCUUGUAGUGGCUACUCAGAAUCCUGGACGCUCGUGGAUCAGAACGUCAAAACUGGUCUGGUGGCGUAGUGAGGUUGCCACGGCCGAGGGAAACUUCAGGAAUCCUCGUCGUCCUCAACCACCGCGGCUGACCAGGACCUUCACCAAUUCCUUUCCACCCACCGAAUGCGAUGUCGUAUCCAUCCGACCCUAUGAGUAA